CGUUUGGCGAUUGCAAUUCGGAAUCACUGCUCUCUGACCGACGAGAUGCUAAUUAAAUCAAUAAUUGCCCUGGUCUGCCUGGUCGUUCUAGCCCAAGCAGACUUGCUUAGGGUUCAGCUGCAUAAAAUCGAAAGUGCGCGUCAGCAUUUUCGAAAUGUAGACACCGAGAUCAAACAAUUGCGUCUCAAAUAUAAUGCUGUAUCUGGCCCGGUUCCUGAACCACUUUCGAACUACCUGGACGCUCAGUACUUCGGUGCUAUCACCAUCGGAACACCGCCACAGAGCUUCAAAGUAGUGUUCGAUACGGGCUCAUCUAACCUUUGGGUGCCCUCGAAGGAGUGUUCGUUCACCAACAUUGCUUGCCUGAUGCACAACAAGUAUAAUGCCAAGAAAUCAUCGACAUUUGAGAAGAACGGUACUGCCUUCCAUAUUCAAUACGGUUCAGGAAGCUUGUCCGGUUAUCUAUCAACCGAUACUGUUGGACUUGGUGGCGUUUCUAUUGCUAAACAAACUUUUGCCGAAGCCAUCAAUGAACCUGGAUUGGUAUUCGUUGCUGCUAAGUUUGACGGAAUCCUUGGAUUGGGCUAUAGUUCGAUUUCGGUUGAUGGAGUCGUUCCAGUAUUCUACAACAUGUUCAACCAGGGACUUGUGGACGCUCCAGUCUUCUCCUUCUACUUGAACCGUGAUCCUAGCGCUGCUGAAGGAGGUGAAAUCAUCUUCGGAGGUUCAGACUCAAACAAAUAUACCGGGGACUUCACGUACCUUCCAGUCGAUCGUAAAGCAUACUGGCAAUUCAAAAUGGAUUCGGUGAAGGUUGGAGAUAACGAAUUCUGCAACAAUGGAUGCGAAGCGAUUGCUGAUACCGGUACUAGUUUGAUUGCUGGUCCCGUUUCGGAGGUUACUGCUAUCAAUAAGGCUAUCGGCGGUACACCUAUUAUCAAUGGCGAGUACAUGGUAGACUGCUCACUGAUUCCCAAACUGCCAAAGAUUUCGUUUGUUCUGGGAGGCAAGACAUUCGAACUGGAAGGUGCUGACUACAUUCUUCGUAUAGCGCAGAUGGGUAAGACCAUUUGCUUGUCUGGAUUCAUGGGGAUCGAUAUUCCACCACCGAAUGGCCCACUAUGGAUUUUGGGAGACGUUUUCAUUGGCAAGUAUUACACUGAAUUUGAUAUGGGCAACGAUCGUGUUGGGUUUGCCACUGCUAUCUAGACUUACUUCAAUUGAAUUGGUAAGAUUGCUUUAAUUUCUUAGUUCCGAAGUCAAUGUUUCAAGGCUAUGCUGAAGACAAGUUUGUGU